UUCUUGUCCAUGAAGCUUGAAGCAGUCAAUUCAAGGAUGAACCACCCUAUAGAAACCUUUCCUUCAAAAGAUCUAGCACCAUCCACAUUUGAUGCCACUGGAAUGAUAUUUGGCACGCAAGCACCGAGAGAAUAUGCUCAAGGGGCACAAUCCGAGUGGCUCCAUAUGCAGGUUGGCAGCAGCUUUGACAGAGCAACAUGACAGAUACCCUAAUGAAUUGGAACAUAAGUUAUCCAGGAACAUUAGUCUUCCAAUUCAUCAUGAUGUCUUCUAGGGAAUCUUAGCAUUGGAGCCUACAACUUUCCAGCAGCUGUGUUCCACUAUAGAAGAAGCAUUCUUAAAUGUGUAAUCAUAAUCACCCCUCAGUUCCAGUAGAAUUUUCUGUUGAAGUGUACUUGUACUAUGUUGUAUUGGUAUAAGAAAUAGACUACGCAGAAUUUCUCGCUGUA